CCUCCGGCCUCCACCGACACGCUAAGCGCUACUUACCAGUCGGCAGCAGUAGGCGCAGUUUCGCAUCGAGCUAAUCAAGCGUCGUUCGUUUAUUUAUUUCUUAAUUUCGCGUGUAUUAUAUUUGCGAUAGGUGUUCACAAUGAGUUCAAUCAACGUCAAAAAGCUGAAAGUAAACGAACUGAAGGACGAGCUGAAAAAGCGUCAUCUCUCCGACAAGGGACUGAAGGCUGACUUGAUGGACCGCCUGCAGGCCGCCUUGGACGAGGAGGCCGCGGCCUACGAAGAAGAGGCUGCAGAGGAUGAGGAGUUAGAACAGGCCGCCGAACCAGAAUGCAUGGGGGAAGACGAAGAGGGCGAGGGAGAGGGUCCGGUAGUUGAAAGCAUGGAGGCUAACGAGCAGGAAGCCGAGGUAGAACAGAACGGGGCAAACGACGACGACGAUGGUGGUGUCGCUGCGGUGGAGGCUUCUGCUGUCGCGAAGCCUUCUACCGUCGCCGCUGCUUCUUCCGCCGAGGACGAAGAGAUGGGAGACGGGGAAGAGGACGACGAGAUGGAUCCCAUGCUCAAAGCAGACGUGGACGACAUGGAGAAAAUAGAUGAAGACGACGGUGAGCCUGAGGAACAGGCAGCUGAGGGGGAUGCGGACAAAGACACGAAUGCUGAUCAGAAGAAUAAGAAGGGUGUUAAGAGACGCCGGGAGGAACAUGGAAGGGGCUACUUUGAAUUUAUUGAAGAGAACAAAUACAGCUGGGCCUCUUUUAAGUCGCCCGUGCCCCCUUUGGAGGAAGAGGAUGAAGAGUUUGAUGACACCAAAGUCUGCCUGGACAACUACAACUGCGACCUGCAUUUUAAGGUGUCACGAGACCGCUUCAGUGCCUCGUCGCUCACAAUGGAAAGUUUUGCUUACCUCUGGUCUGGGGGCAAGGCCACUCAUGGUGUAAACAAAGGCAAAGUCUGCUUUGAAGUGAAGAUCACAGAAAAGAUUCCAGUGAAACACAUUUCCAGUAAGAACAUGGAGAUCCAUGAUGUGCAAGUCGGCUGGUCGUCGACUGCUUCAUCACUGCUACUCGGUGACGGCAGUCUUUCAUUUGCGUACUCUGGGAAGGGGAAGAAAAUUGCGAACGGUGUGAUGGAGGACUUUGGGGAAACCUUUGAUGAGAAUGAUGUCGUCUGCUGUCUCGCUGAUUUUGAGGGAGACGAGGCGGUACUGUCCUACUCUAAGAAUGGCGGGGAGCCAGCCGAAGCCUUCCGUGUGAGCAAAGACGAGCUGAACGACCAGCCUCUUUUCCCUCAUGUCAUGUGCCACAAUUGCGCCGUGGAGUUCAACUUCGGCCAGAUGGAGACCCCGUACUUCCCCGCUCCCUCCGAGUACACCUUCAUGCAGGACGUUGCCGUCGACGACCGCGUCCGCGGGCCUUGCGGGCCGCAGACCAAGGCCGACUGUGAGAUCAUUGUGAUGGUGGGCCUCCCGGGUGCGGGCAAGACCACAUGGGUGAAGAACCAUGUCCAGGAGAACCCUGGGAAGUACUACAUCCUGGGAAGUGAUACCAUCGUGGAAAAGAUGAUGAUCAACACCCCGAAUCGGCAACCCAAAGAACACAACAAACUGCUUGCCAUUUCCCAGCGUGCUCCUCUUUUCCUGGGAAAGUUCAUUGAGAUUGCCGCGCGCAAGAAAAGGAACUACAUCCUGGAUCAUACCAACUUGUCCGCCCCUGGCCAGAAGAGGAAGAUGUGUUUGUUUGCCGGCUUCCAGCGCAAAGCUGUGGUGGUAUUCCCCUCCGAUGAUGACUACAAGCAGAGAGUUCAGAAGAAGGUCAUGAUUGACGGCAAAGAAGUGCCUGAACAUGCUCUUCUCAAGAUGAAAGGCUUCUAUUCUCUGCCUGUGGAGGGCGAGAGCUUCAACGAGGUGCUCUUUGCUGAGCUGCCGCGGGACGACUCUGCCAAAGUUCUGGAAACGUACAAAGAAGAAAGCAAGAGCGCUCUGCCUGCUGAAAAAAAGCCCAACCAGGGAAGCUCCACACCCAAGCGAGGCGGUGGGUCCCGCGGGGGCGGUCGUGGAGGCAAGAACCAGUUUGGCCGCAACAGUGGGCCGGCACAAAGAGGCGGCGGCGGCAAUCGCCAGGGCUUCCAGAAUCGAGGCAACUUCAGAGGAGCCCCAAACCCCCGCGGUGGAUUCGCCCGCCCCCCUCGUGGCUACAUGCCACCCCCGGCUUACAGAGGCGGCUACCCCAGCCGCGGCAGCUACAACCGCAGCGGCAGUCACAUGCCCAGCAUGGGCGGCUCCCCCAGAGGCGGACCGAUGAGGGGCAACAUGGGCCCCAGAGGAGGUGGACACAUGAAUAGAGGCGGUCCGAUGAACAGAGGGAACAUGAGCAGAGGAGGAGGAGGUGGCGGCGGCGGCGGCAUGGGUCGCGGCGGAAAUAGAGGACAUCACAACCAGUUUCAGCAAAGAGGCGGCGGCCGCGGCAACUUUGGCAACAAGAACAGCAAUUUCAACAGGAAUAGCGGCGGUUUUGGCAACAGGAACGGCAUGGACAAGGCCCAGGCCUUCAACCAAAGCUGGCAACAAGGGUUCUGGAAUCAGAAGCCAUGGAACCAGCAGUAUCAGCACAACUAUUACUGAGACACUUGUUCGAAUGGACUGGUGGCCACACUGAAAACCACUCUAGCCACGGAUCAUCAUCCCCCUCCUCCGUCAACGACGCCAUUUUUCAUAUAACCUGCUUUUUUGAGUAACGUGGUCAACAUUCCACUCCAGAGGGAGAUCAGCAGACAUCAGAUGGGUGAAAUUCUUGGAAGAACAAGAGAUGUGUAAAACAUGAUUUUUUUUUUCUUAUCUUUUGCUGUAUAUUUCAUUUGCUUUGCACCACUUUUAAAAGAUGUGCUUUUAAAAAAAAAAAAAAUUGUAAUACUAAGAAUCACAAUUGUUUUGUUCUUUUCCAGGUUUGGUUUUCUUUUUCAUUAAUUUUUAUUAUUCUUAAUUGUAAAUACUUGUUUUGAGUAGUUUAAACAUUCAAUCUCGUCAUGGCUUUUGAAGAAUAUUGCGUGUCCACUGUGCAGUUUAUGCAAAGCCGCAGUUAAAUUUCAGUCUCUGUUUCCGCUUCCAAAACUGUAAAGCAACUUCGUCGACCUCCAAUAAACACAAAUUUACUUGUUUUUUUCUCCUGGCUUAUAAUUUCUAUUCAAAGGUGUAAAAGGACCUUUGAAUGGCCUGUUUGGAGAGAUUUACAUCAGGCCCGUCCGUGUUGGUGUUCUUGCUGAGUGUAAUGUGCACGGAAUAGUUUAGCUCUUUGGAUGAACAAUGUUAACUACAUUGUUUUGGGUGUGCCUUUUAUAACUCCCUCUGAGAAUUUAUUGGAAGAAUUUCACGGCUGGCUCGUACUCCUGCGCUGCAAACAUGACCACACUUGUAAUUUGGCUAUCAAGCUGAUUGCAGUACAAUUGAUCAUGUAGCCAAAGUAGAAUUUUGACUGUAUGUCCAUGUUGAUGGUAGAGCAGAGGAAGUAGCUGAGUGCAGAUCAGGUAGCACAUUUUUCACCAGCAAACAAGGGCUACACAACGUGCGUUUCAAACUUGCACCAUGAGCCGACUAUUAUUUACCCCAGCUAAUAUUUCCGCCCUUUUUUCCUUCCUCAUUUCAGAUUACCUGACAAAAUGUUUUUUUCUUUGACCAAAAGGGAUGUUGAAACGAGCAUGUAAAUACUCAAAAAAUAUUGUGUUGUGAUAAAGUGUUAGUUUGCCCCAGUACUGCUGUAUAUUCCACUUUUUUUUUAGUUUUUGAUUAUUUAGCAGAGUUUAGGUUUCAAAAGACACUAUAUUUUUAUUGCAUUAUGUUGCAGGUUGUAUAUCAGGUCUCGUAUCAAACCAAUCAUGCUGCAGCUUGUCUUUUGUAUCCUAACAUUUUUUUUAAAGUCUCAACUGUAUUAAAAUAAGGUUGUAAAAUUUAA